AUUCACUCGAUAUUUAGCUCGUUUAGCGCAUAAUGCAAUGGGCGCAAAAGCACAUUGUUGUGCUAAAAACGCAAUAAGUAAGGAUUGUCGUCGUCAUCUCGCUAAAGUGAACUAAAAUGGGACGGAACAGAUACAGUAAUUGGCUUAAAAUUUUCUAGGACACUGAGGGCAGUAAACAACCACAACCUAACAAUUUAUGGCGGUUCAAUAAUACGAAAAUAGCCUAUUGAACUUCGAAAGAGGCAAACACUGCUAGUUUUAGUUUAGUUUACUCUCUACACUUCCCUGCUUACUGAGUUUGGACGCCAAUAUAACAGGGGAACACGCCAGCAAAGAAGCUCCGACAAUCAUUGGGUGGCUGCCACUGAAGAAGAAAUCAGUCAGCAAUGGCGGUUGCCACCCUUUUCCGCCGCGUCUCCAAAUCCCGAUACUUCAAUUCAGCAAUUACCCCUUUUACUCCUAAACCCUUCAUAAACCCUCCUCAAGUGAGGCCAAUAAGCACCCCUGCUAAGACUUUUGCUGGGUUCGGUGACUUGGUGUCUGGGGCUGAGCGAAAAUACUAUAUGUUGGGCGGGAAAGGAGGAGUUGGGAAAACUAGUUGUGCUGCAUCUCUUGCUGUAAAGUUUGCAAAUCACGGACACCCCACAAUUGUAGUUUCUACUGAUCCUGCUCAUUCGCUUAGUGAUUCUUUUGAUCAGGCAUGUCAUUGCACUUGCAUUUUCAUUUUAUUCUGAUUAGAGUUUCUUUAUUGACUUGCAAAUGCUAAAAUUAAAGUAAAUUUGUCUAUAUUCACUGGACUGUCCAGGAUUUGACAGGAGGGGCUCUUGUUCCAAUUGAAGGAAUGGAUUCCCCUUUGUUCGCACUUGAGAUUAACCCUGAGAAAACCAAGGAAGAUUUUCGUUCUGCAAUUCAAAAGGAUGGUGGUGCUGGUGUAAAAAAUUUCAUGGACAGCAUGGGCCUUGGAAUGCUUUCUCAGCAGCUGGAAGACCUGAAACUGGGAGAACUAUUGGACACUCCUCCACCUGGUCUAGAUGAAGCGAUGGCAAUCUCAAAGGUCAUGCAAUUCGUGGAGUCACAGGAGUAUAAUAGCUUUACUCGGAUAGUUUUUGACACUGCACCCACUGGUCACACUCUUCGACUUUUAUCAUUGCCUGAUUUCCUGGAUACCUCUAUAGGCAAGAUGAUGAAGCUGAAGGAGAAGAUUGCUUCAACAACUGCAGCCCUUAAAUCUGUUUUCAUGAAGGAAGAACCAAAACAAAUUCCUGAUAACAAGCUAGAGCAGUUGAGAGAAAGGAUGUCAAAAGUGCGAGAUCUUUUCCGUGACCCAAAGACAAUGGAGUUCAUUAUAGUGACAAUUCCCACAGCUAUGGCAGUUAGUGAAUCUUCAAGAUUAUGCGCCUCCCUUAAGAAGGAAAGGGUCCCAGUACAUAGGCUCAUAUUAAAUCAAAUGCUACCUGAAUCUACAGAUUGCAAAUUUUGUGCAAUUAGAAGGAAGGAUCAAAUGCGUGCCUUAGAAUUGAUUCAGAGGGACAAAGAAUUAUCAAAUUUGAAAAUAGUUCAGGCUCCUCUAUUUGAUGUUGAAAUUAGGGGCAUUCCGGCUCUUAAAUUUAUGGGAGAUAUGGAUCACGAUUCCCAGGCCGGAAUUGAAGCUGGAUCUAUGACAGAUAAUGCUGUUGAGCAAACUGAUGGAAAGAUAAACUGA